UGAUACUACAAAUUUUACAAGAGGAAAGAUUACCACAACAAAAAAAUGGAGGGUGAGAAGAAUAAGAUUCUUGUAUUUGGUGGAACUGGUUACAUAGGAAAGUAUAUGGUGAAAGCAAGUAUCUCUUUAGGUUAUCCAACAUUGGUAUAUACUCGACCUAUUAAUUCAAAAACUCCUCACUCAAAGAUACAACUUUGCAAGGAAUUCACAUCCAUGGGAGUAACACUUGUGGAGGGAGAACUUGAGGUUGAUGAGAUUGUGGAAGUUGUUAAGCAAGCAGAUAUUGUGAUAUGUACUUUGGCAUACCCUCAAGUUAUGGAGCAACUCAAAAUUAUUGAUGCUAUUAAAGUUGCUGGUAAUAUCAAGAGAUUUCUUCCCUCUGAUUUUGGUGUAGAAGAAGACAGAGUACACCCUCUUCCUCCAUUUCAAGCAUUUCUUGAUAAAAAAAUAAAAAUUAGAAGAGAAAUUGAAGCAGCAGGAAUUCCUUAUACUUAUGUCUCUGCAAAUUGUUUCGGUGCAUACUUUGUGAAUUUUUUACUUCGUCCAUAUGAAAAGAACAAAGAUGUUAUUGUCUACGGCAAUGGUAAAACCAAAGCUGUACUAAACUACGAAGAAGAUAUCGCUAUGUACACUAUUAAAGUGGCAAAUGAUCCAACAACAUACAAUCGUAUUAUUGUGUAUCGGCCUUCAAAGAAUAUCAUAACACAAAAUGAGUUGAUAUUACUAUGGGAGCACAAAAGUGGUAAAAAAUUUAACAAAGUUUUUGUUCUUGAAGAAGAUAUUGUCAAGCUAUCACAAACUUUACCUCCUCCAGAAGAUAUACCAGUUUCCAUUCUUCAUAGUGUAUUUGUUAAAGGGGACCUUAUGAACUUUGAACUAGGGGAAGAUGACCUUGAAGCUUCACAACUAUAUCAUGAUUACAACUACAUGUCCAUUGAUCAACUUCUUGACAAAUUUCUUAUUGAUCCUCCACCUCCUGCAUCUGCUGCUUUUGAAUGAAGUUAUAUUGUAGUACUGUGUUUGAUGUUGGUUACAAUAAAGUAUGGAGGUACUGUACUCUAUUGAAAGUACUAUUGAAAAAAGUAAACUAAUAGUUGUUUGAAAUUA